UUGGAGUAACACGUCAGUGUAGUAAAGUGCAGAAGCCGGCUGAUAGGGAGUGGAUUCCCCCUCACCCUCGUCCUUCUCUUCCUCUGAACAUCCGUCGGGGUUUCACCUCCAAAUGCUCUAAUUCGUCUUGAUUAGAGAGUAUCUCGUCGUUGUUUUUCAGACACCAAGCGAACCUGACACUAAAGUGCUGUGAUGGCGACCUACCAGGAGUUCAUCCAACAGAAUGAAGACAGGGAUGGGGUGAGAUUCAGCUGGAACCUCUGGCCGUCCAGCCGCCUAGAAGCCACCAGGCUGGUGGUCCCCGUCUCCUGUCUCUUCACACCACUCAAGGAGAGGCCAGACCUGCCGCCAGUUCAAUACGAACCUGUUCUGUGCAGCCGGGCCAACUGCAAGGCAGUACUUAACCCACUAUGUCAAGUUGACUUCAGAGCAAAAAUAUGGGCGUGCAAUUUCUGCUUUCAGAGGAACCCAUUCCCUCCCUCUUACGCAGGCAUAUCUGAUGUGAACCAGCCAGCGGAACUCAUGCCACAGUUUUCUACCAUUGAGUACAUUGUGCAGCGUGGACCGCCAACCCCUCUUAUCUUCCUGUAUGUGGUAGACACAUGUUUGGAAGAAGAGGACCUUCAGGCCCUCAAGGAGUCCCUGCAGAUGUCCCUCAGCCUGCUGCCACCCAACGCGCUGGUGGGUCUUAUCACAUUCGGACGCAUGGUCCAGGUCCAUGAGCUCAGCUGUGAGGGGAUCGCCAAGAGCUACGUGUUCAGGGGCACCAAGGACCUUUCCUCAAAACAGAUCCAGGAGAUGCUAGGAUUAACAAAGCCAGCAGCACCUGGACAACAAGGUCGCCCAGUGGCCCCUCAGGAUGCUACAGCCACCUGCAGGUUCCUUCAGCCUGUGCACAGAGUCGAUAUGAAUCUGACGGACUUGCUUGGCGAGCUUCAGCGAGAUCCCUGGCCUGUCCCCCAGGGCAAACGUCCACUCCGCUCCACUGGUGUUGCACUGUCCGUUGCUGUCGGUCUGCUCGAGGGUACAUACCCCAACACGGGGGCUCGUGUGAUGCUGUUCAUCGGAGGACCCCCCACCCAGGGUCCUGGUAUGGUGGUGGGAGAUGAGCUGAAAACCCCCAUCCGCUCCUGGCACGACAUCCAGAAAGACAACGCUCGCCACCUAAAGAAAGCCACCAAGUAUUAUGAAGCCAUGGCUAACCGUACAGCAGUGAACGGCCACUGUAUUGACAUCUACGCCUGUGCCCUGGACCAGACUGGACUGCUGGAGAUGAAGUGCUUAUCUAAUCUCACUGGGGGCCACAUUGUGAUGGGAGACUCCUUCAAUACUUCCUUGUUCAAGCAAACCUUCCAGAGAGUCUUUAGUAAAGACUAUAAUGGAGACUUUCGCAUGGCUUUUGGAGGUGUCAUGGAGGUCAAGACAUCAAGGGAGCUGAAGGUUUGUGGAACCAUUGGACCGUGCGUUUCACUCAACUCAAAAGGCUCCUGUGUUUCAGAGAAUGAGAUGGGCAUUGGUGGCACGAGCCAGUGGAAAGUGUGCGGUCUCAGCCCCUCAACCACUCUGGGCCUCUAUUUUGAAGUAGUGAAUCAGCACAAUGCACCAAUACCCCAGGGCGGCCGUGGAGCGAUCCAGUUUGUAACCCAGUACCAGCACUCCAACACACAGCGGAGGAUACGUGUCACUACCAUCGCCCGGAACUGGGCAGAUGCACAGUCCCAGAUUCAGCACAUCGAGUCAUCGUUUGACCAAGAAGCCGCCGCCGUCCUCAUGGCUCGUCUGGGCGUCUUCAGAGCCGAGUCAGAGGAAGGACCCGAUGUCCUGCGCUGGCUCGACAGGCAGCUCAUCCGCCUGUGUCAGAAAUUUGGCCAGUUCAAUAAAGAAGAUCCUUCAUCCUUCAAACUGUCAGAGUCUCUGUCUCUCUACCCACAGUUCAUGUUCCACCUGCGGAGGUCGCCCUUCCUGCAAGUGUUCAACAACAGCCCCGAUGAGUCGUCAUACUACAGACACCACUUUGUCAGGCAGGACCUCACACAGUCGCUUAUCAUGAUCCAGCCCAUCCUCUACUCGUACUCCUUCCAUGGACCACCAGAGCCCGUGCUCUUGGACAGCAGCAGUAUCCUGCCAGACCGCAUCCUGCUCAUGGACACUUUCUUCCAGCUGGUUAUCUACCAUGGAGAGACCAUAGCCCAGUGGCGAAAAGCAGGCUACCAGGACAUGGCCGAGUAUGAGAACUUCAAACAGCUGCUGCAGGCUCCUCUGGACGACGCCCAGGAGAUCCUGCAGACGCGCUUCCCCAUGCCGCGCUACAUCGACACGGAGCACGGAGGCUCACAGGCUCGCUUCCUGCUCUCCAAGGUCAACCCAUCACAGACCCACAACAACCUCUACGCCUGGGGACAGGAGACGGGAGCCCCCAUCCUCACUGACGACGUCAGCCUGCAGGUCUUCAUGGACCACCUGAAGAAGCUGGCAGUUUCCAGCUCUGCAUAGACGUGCAUCUGUUCCCCACACACACACACACACACACACAAAGGAAUGAGCGAGAACGUUCCUGACGUGAUGUAUCGGGAUCCGUAACAUUUCCUCCCCACCUGUGUUUUGUAAAGGAGUCAAACCAUGAAGAGUCUACUGUAUGUGCUCGCUUGACUUUUUCUUUUCUUGAGUCAUGUGACAUUUGCAUGAUGUUGAAGGAACAGAAGAAGGGAGACGAUAGCACAUUCCCGACGAGACCACUUUGUUUACCUUGUUUUAUUUAUAAGAAACGGCUCCGAGACACACCCCUGCGAUUAACUGUCCCCAUGAGAGCAAUAUCAAAGUCUUUUAUUUUUUAUUUGACAUCGUCUCUGAUGUGCAUAAUUAUGAGACUAAUAAUGACCUGUUUUUCCAUGUGUUUCUGUGCAUCUGCUGCAUCAGACUCGGUGCAAGGUGCUGUUUAAUAAGACGCUUAUACGUGUUUGCUUUGUCUAUAGCUAAAGAUAACAUGACUAGAAUAUUUCUCAUGAAUAAAUUAUAAUGGUACUUCUAA